GCAGGAAUGUCGAAGGUCGGAAGGCUGUUGAAUCUCUCUCCAGAACGGUACGUGGCAGGUUUUAGAGCCUUUCUUGCCACGUAUGAGACAGAAACAGACGACAACUACAAGUCUUUUGGAGGAAUGUUUCCAGACUCUGUCCUGUGUGAGCCGGGAGCCGACCUGUGUGUGCUGGGGAGCCUCAUAGGGAGUGGAUCAGGAGAGACUGACAGCGACAUUCUGAAAAAGCUCCUACAGCGCCACGACAGUGUGUACAACAGGGUUGUGGAACCGUCGGGAGAAAUGAUCGGGCGAUACAAGACAGCAGAAGAGUACUUCCAGAAGUUCCAGACAAAGGCAGACACAAAGUUCCACCUAAUUCAUGCAUUUCACGUUCUGUACUAUGUAGAGGAUCUUUACGCCACCUUGCGGAACAUGUGGGAACAGCUGGCAGACGGUGACUACAUGUUGGUCGGAAUAUCCACAAAUAAGAGUGACUGGGGGAAGAUGGAGUACAAGCUUCGGGAGUUAUUCGGCCAGCAUGACAGUCCAACCACAUCAUUCGGCACGCCCGCUGACAUCAAACACUGGCUCGAUGAAAUGGGCAUCAGUUACGUCACUUCGGAGGAUGAAAUCAAGAUGAACGUCGCGGAGUGUUUUAAGGAGGACUCGGAGGCGGGGAUGUUGCUUCUAGACUUCCUGACUCAAACUCCAGACGUGUCUGCUGAGCCAGGCAUGCGGGCAGCCGCCCUGGAGUACAUUCAGCAGAAUUCGCGAGCAUACCGUGACCUCAGUGUGAAGGAGUUUGCAAUUGGAUCCAGCAGGUUGUUUAAAGUUCAUGUCAGGGUCAGGUCAACUCGCACGCUUCGAAUGGCUAAUGUCGGGACGCUGGUGAGAUAUUCUCUGCCUCGCUACUUGGCAGGCUUCCGAGUCUUUGUGAACUCGUUUGAGGUGAGCAGGGAAAGGUACUCUGUAUCCUACGGGGUCAUGGCCCCAGACUCUGUCCUGUGUGAGCCGGGGACGGACCUGCGUGUGCUGGGGAUAGGCAGUGGAUCAGACAAAAGUGAGCAGGGAAAGCUGUAUCACAAGUUGUGGGAUGAGUUCGGCCAGGGUGACCGUUUGAAGACGUCGUUCCGUACGUCCGGUGACGUCAGACAGUGGUUUGACGCAAGGGGCAUCAGUUACGUCACCUCGGAGGAUGAACUCAACAUCAACGUCACUGAGUGUUUUAAGGAGGACUCGGAGACCGGGAAGUCUCUUCUGGAGUUCUUGACGUUCACGCCUUUUGUAUCUAAGAAGCCAGAAAUUCGGUCAACUGCGUUAGAAUUCAUCCACAGCAAGUCGUCGGUGGUUGAUGAUAAAAUCUGGUUCGAAUUAAUCGACGAAAUAAUUGUCGCCUUCAAAAUGAGUCCAGGAAAAAGUAACCCCGUGUACAGGACGAUGUGGCUGAUAACACUAUCUACAAGUCUGCUGGUUAUACUUUUUGUAACCUGGUUAACGGACUGUAUCAAACGGCGGAGGAUGCCCCCAGGGCCGAUUCCAUGGCCGAUCGUUGGAAAUCGUUCUGUGUUUACUGGCAAAUUCUAUUUGACCUUCAUCGACCUUGCCAAGAAGUACGGAGACGUUUUCAGCCUGAGACGGGGCAUGACGGACGUGGUCGUGCUGAACAGCUUGGCUGCCGUACGGGAAGCUCUGGUGGAGAAGAGUGUUGAGUUUGCAGGCAGACCGCAUACCCAGUCCUAUGAUAUAAUGUCGGAAGGCAGGAGAAACAUGGCCUUUACAGACUACGACCCGGCCUGGAAACAGCACGGGAAGCUCAUCAAAAGUGCCCUCAGGGAACAUGCUUCGGAUAGGAAACUGGAAAGUCAAGCACACGAAGCCAUUCGUGACAUCGUCAGUGAACUUGCGAACGUCGAGGGCCAAGCAGUGGAUCUUACUGAGCACAUCUACAAGCUGGUCUACAAUGUUGUCUGCCCAGUUGCCUUCGGUGUCAGAUUCAAACUGGAGGAUGAGGAUUUCCAGAAUCUGGUGAAGUUCGGGAAAGAGCAAUACAAACGCCAGAUCCCUCUCGGCGACAUCUACCCUUCACUUGGAUUCUUGCCUAAUCAAGCAAAGACUGACUUGCAGAAGCGGAUGGAUCCUGUUCUGGAGUACUUCAAACGCCAAGUGGACCGGCACCGCAGGGAGUUUAACCCAAAUAACCUCCGUGACGUCACAGAUCACAUGAUCAAGGCCCAGAAGGAGGCAGAAGAGGGGGGAGAGCUGGACAUCAGUGCUCUGACAGACACUCAUCUCAGGCAGAUAGUCAUUGACGUCUUUUUGGGCGGUACGGAUACUACAACUCAGAUCCUCCGCUGGGCCGUCCUGUUCCUCGCUGCCCACCCGGAGAUACAGGAGAAGGUGGCUGCUGAGUUAGACAGUGUGGUGGGCCGUGACAGGCUGCCUGAGCUGUCCGACCGCCAGGCUACUCCGUACACGGAGGCGACUGUCACUGAAGUGCUGAGAAUGGGACUGAUUGAUGCAUUGUCCUUACCUCAUGCUACGACUGCAGAUACGAUACUGCGAGGUUACCACAUUCCCAAGGGCACAGUGGUUCUGCCGAACCUGUGGGCCCUGCACCAUGACCCUUCCAUCUGGGGAGACCCUCACAGCUUCCGCCCGGAACGCUUCUUGGAUGAGGGUGGCCGUCUGAUGCCAAAGCCUGCUGCUUGGAUGCCUUUUAGUGUUGGCCGCCGUGCAUGUCCUGGGGCGAAAAUGGGCAUGGCGGAUACAUAUCUCCUGCUGGGAGGACUGGUCCAAAACUUCCACUUCAGUUUCCCAGAGGGGGAGGAGCCACCUGACUUCAGCGCAGAUGAAACGGGAGGAAGUCUCUGCGCACCUUCACCCUACAAGGUGGUCCUCACCCACCGGAAAUAGACAUACGACCACAGGAAAUGAUUGAUGAACUGAGCUCGAAGGAGCAGUAGUUGCCAUGCUCAAAGGGUAUUUGAAUUUGAGGAAAAAAACAACAACGUGGUGGCAUAUAAAUAAAUACCAUUGGGGAGAUUAUGAUUUAAAUUCAUAUUUGGGACAAGAAGCAAAUGGCAACUCUUUGGCAAGUCGGGAAGAUGAAAACUGAACUUCAUAAGCAAUUUUCGAAAUGCAUAUACUUAUGUGAGUUACAUGUAUAUUUUACUAAUAGAUAUUGUUCUAGCAGAUACUACAUGAAGGGUUUAAAGGGAAGGACUGACUGAGAAUAGUCUAACCACUAACCUCUAUAAUGGAUUUGGGCUCAACUCUUUGUCCACGCGCUAUCCAAUAUUUUUGUAAAUGCAUGCAUUUUUUAAAACCUUCAUAUAUGUAUUAAUAGUCGCUAAGAGAGGUUAUGGGGCAACUAUGCAAAGGACUCAUCAGAUUACAAACAGUUUGAUAUUACUAUGGUAGGAUACUAGUGUACCUAAGAAUGAUAUGACAUUGAUGGUCGACACGUCUAAUCGUAUUGUAUCAUUUGCUGCUUCUGUUAUAAAUCAUGUCACUUAAUCGAUGUUAACGGUGACAUAACGCCCGGCCAGUCGCGUACUCUGCGUGUAGCGGCCUGGCCUGAGCCCUGUCCGACAGGAGGUACACAUGGAGGACCGUUCAGCACUAAGGACAGCGCUGGUCUGCGCACUGGUACUUCACUUUUUUAAAAGAUCAAAUUCAGAGUGAACCUGAUGUUGCUAUCGUAAUGUAAGGGGUUGAAAAUGACACUUUUAUGCAUAAAGCAAGGAGGUUAAAUACAUUUUGAUUUUAACUCCAUGCAUAAAGCAAGUGGCCAUCGGCUUUGAGGUUUUUGUGGCCAGUAUGUUAAUCUGGUCAAUGCAAAUUCUAUGCUUUGAUCCCUUCUACAUCAAGGACAUGUCAUAUAUGUGCUGAAUAGUAUUGUUCCCCUUGCCAGACGAAUGUCUGACUUGCAAUCUGUGGCUUUGUCUGUGACUUGUGAAUAAAAGCUGGAUGUUCUGUGGGUUGGGAAGACAGUCUGAGACAGAGAUAGCUUGAGAGAAGGUCGCAGAGAAAGAGACUGUCCCAGUCCCAUGACUCCCGUGCGUGUGUUACGGCAAUGCCUGUGUCCUGCGUGUGUUCUUGCUAGCCCUGUAGUUAGUCUCCCUUGCAGCAUCCAAAAGAACCUGAGUUCCACC